AGAGGAUAUAUCUACAACAAGAGAGCAUAAAUGCAACGGAUCGCGUUGAUGGCGUUCUUGAAAUAUGUCGACCGAUGUGGACACUCUUUGUGGCAACAUUCGACGGCCUCUAGACCUCGAAAAAUGCAAGAGAGGCUGGGAAACUCAAAGAGAACACUGCUACUGGAUUCCAAAAGCAGAUAUUGUCGGUGAAAUACCGAAAGAUUUGCAAGGAACUCUGUUUCGUAAUGGCCCUGGUCUUCGCGAAGUUUACGGCACUCGGUUAAAACAUCCAAUCGAUGGAGAUGGAAUGCUUUGUGCAGUGACAUUCCAAGAUGGUCAAGUGCAUUUCCAAUCCAAAUUUAUAAACAGUAAGCAUCGCCAGGAAGAAAAAGCCAACAGACAGUUUCUGUAUCAGGGUCAGAUGGGAACAAUGCCUUCAUAUACAACAUUAAAGGCCUUUGGAACACUUUUGACAUCCUGGAGAUUUCCACCACUCAAAUUCCGCAACCCAUCCAACACAAACUCAUUUUACUGGGGUGGAAAGGUUCUAACAUGUUAUGAAACAGGAGUUCCCUAUUGUCUGGAUCCACACACACUAGAGACACUUGGUCCUGAUUAUCUGAAUGGUCACUUACAGUUUGGAUGUUUUGCUGCACAUUUUAGAAUUGAUUCAGAAAGAAAGCGACUUGUGUGCAUAAGCCACCGUCCAGGAUUUUCACAGAGGCCCAGUUUGACAGUGUUUGAGUUUGAUCCAUCAUGGCAGCUCUGUCAGAAGCAAAUCCAUCACAUUGAAGGACUGAAUUACGCGCACGAUUUUAUCCUUUUGCCCGACUACUACGUGUUCCACAUGACGCCUUUUGUGAAGGGAUCAUGGUGGAUCCAGGCAAAGAUCAUGCUUGGUUUGAGUUCCCCGGGAGAGGAGAUGAGAUAUUAUCCAGAGCUGCCGUCUCGCUUUGUCAUCAUACCUCGGCAUGCCAGUGGUGAUAGCGCAGGGGUUUUACUUGUUGAUACGGAUCCUUGUCACAUUUUCCAUUUUGGCACGGCCCAGGAGGAUGGUAACAGAAUUGAAUUUACCGCCGUGUGUCUGGACACAAAGUUUGACAUGACAUUUGAUAGCGAAAUUUGGCUCUCGAACGCUUCAGUGUCCCCGGGUCUCGCUUACAAAUUCACCAUCGAUUUGGACACCAAGCGCUGUGCUCGAACACAAAUUGAUCGAGCUAGCGUGGAGUUCCCUUCCAUGCACCCAUACAGGCAUGGCAUGCGAGGUUCACGUUAUAACUACUUCAUGGCGUGUGACAGACCAGGGUUUAACCUUCCUUACAGGGAUGUGGUGAAGUUAAAUGCUGAAAACGGCGAGCGUCAAGUCUGGUACUCUCACGGUUGCCUAGGCGAACCAGUGUUCGUGCCCCGAUUGGGUUACGAUUCGUGGCGAGAAGGCAAUGAAGAUGAUGGCUAUGUCAUCGUUCAAGUGUACAUACCCGAAAAGCACCUAACCGAGUUCUGUGUGCUGGACGCAAAGGAUGUUGGGAAGGGGCCCUUGGCACGAAUCAAACUAAAGCACCAUGUACCUUAUGGCUUCCAUGGCACCUUUACGCCGGAGGUUUUUACGAACGAACCCAGGCUAAUCGCGAAGUUGUGAUAGAAUAUUACAAAUUGCAAAAGCGGGCUUUUGACGAACUUCAAGCUUGGUGCCGUAAAUAGAAACAAACUUGGCGGGAUUUAAAUUAAAUUAUUUUGUUGCUCUACACUUCUAUGCAAAACUACCCGCAGAGUUAAGUAAAUAUUCAGGGCACAGUUUCGAUUUAUGAUUUAUUUAAUACAUGAGGUAUUUGUGAAUUCCUUGCAGAGACGUUGCUGAAUACAAUGGCAUUUGAUUGUGGCAGUUUAAAUUAAAAAUUGGUAAAUUAGGAAAGAGUAA